GAUGUGUUGUGGGUUGUCUGAUGAAGUGAUGUGUUGUGGGUUGUCUGGUGAAGUGAUGUGUUGUGGGGCAGGAGAAAAUGUUCCCACGCUCCUGAGGCCAGACUGCAGGUAGAGGAACUAGAGGAAGCGGAUAUAGUCAGGCCGGCCAUCUGCCGGCUUCUUCGGCUUUGUAAAGGGGUAGCACCUGUGAGAGCCGGCUAUUUGACCGGCCGAGUCACCGGCUGAGAAUUACUCGCUCACCUAGGAUCCUACCGGCAGUUCAUUCUAGCCGGCAGUUCAACCAGUCGAUUUUUCCAAACUAUAAGACUUUGCUGUCAAUCGUAGGAAAAAGUGGGAGGAGCUAGAGCCGAGUGUUAGUGAAGCGCUGCGCCAAGCUUGAAGCGCGGGCUGUCGAGCGAGGAAGGAGAGCAGUCGGAGACUGGACUGGAUAACUACAAGAUUGAGAGAACUGAGUAGCACCAUGGGUCCGGCACUUUUCGCCGCUAUUUGGACCGUGUAUUUCUUUUCAUAUUGGAAUGAGAGCUCGGCGUCCGGUGUUUUUGAACUGCGCAUUGAAUCAUUCCACAACGACCUGGGUUUGACCAGCAACGGUACGUGCUGUAGCGGCUAUCGCAAGAACGGCGUCUGCAGCUUGCAGUGCCGGACGUACUUCAAAGUUUGUUUGACGCACUACCAGUCCAACAUCGCUGCAUUGACCAAUCCAAAAUGCACGUUCGCCAACUACAGCACUCCCGUGGUAGGCAACAACUCCAUGGACUUCACCACAGCCGCCACCAGCAGCACUUUCCGCUACCCAGUCACGGAAUUCGCUUGGCCAGGCGAUUUUUCAUUAAUCAUCGAGGCUUGGCAUGAAGCCGAUAGUUCUAGAUCAGAAAAUGGCAGCACCCUGAUAGCCCGUCUGGCCGGCAUCAAAAGUCUCGUGUCCGGUCAGCAGUGGCUCGACUCAGCAGAGACCAUCAACACGACAGAGAUCAGAUACGGGCUCAGGUUUCAAUGUCAAGCCAACUAUUAUGGAGCUAUGUGCGCAGACUUUUGUCGAGCUAGAAAUGACCAAUUUGGUCAUUACACGUGUAGUCAAAAUGGCACCAAAAUUUGCACAGAUGGAUGGGACGGAGAAUAUUGUGAGACUGCUAUUUGCCUCCCUGGCUGCCACCCAGAUAAUGGCUACUGCGAUCAUCCUAAUGAGUGCAGCUGCCGCCUGGGAUGGCAGGGUCAAUACUGCAACAGCUGCAUCCCCUACCCUGGGUGCCAGAGGGGGUCAUGUGACAAACCUUGGCAGUGUAACUGUGACGAGGGCUGGGGAGGCUUGUUCUGUAAUCAAGAUUUGAAUUUCUGCACUCACCACAAGCCGUGUAAGAAUGGGGGCGUGUGCACCAACACAGGCGCUGGUAGCUACACGUGUUCAUGUAAUGCCAGCUACACCGGGGUCAACUGUGAGCGUGAGAUUGAUGAUUGUCAGAAUAAACCCUGCUUGAAUCGUGGACUCUGCCUGGAUAUUGGCACUGGCUUCCAGUGUCAGUGCCCCCAGGGAUUCUAUGGGCGUCAGUGUGAGAAGCAAGCAGUGUCCUGUAAAGCUGGUCCUUGUGUCAAUGGUGGUACGUGUCUAGAGGGGGCUGGCUCCUACACGUGCUUGUGUCCACCUGGAUACAGCGGCCCCAACUGCCAAGUGGAUGUGGAUGAUUGCAUAUCCGCUCCUUGUCUCAAUGGUGGCCGCUGUAGUGACCAGCCCAAUGGAUACAAAUGUUUCUGUCCUGCUGGCUACAAUGGCACCGAGUGCCAGACUAACAUUGAUGACUGCAAGCUCAAGCCAUGUCUGAAUCAAGGCACCUGCGUGGAUCUGGUCAGUGACUUCCGCUGUCAAUGUGUCCCCGGCUUUGUUGGCUCUCUCUGUCAAAUCAACGUGGAUGACUGUGAGAUGCGUCCCUGUGCUAAUGGUGGCGUGUGUACUGAUCUCAUCAAUGACUUUCAGUGCCAGUGUGCAGCAGGCUUUGAUGGAAAAGACUGUAGCCUGGUACUGGACGCCUGUGCCAGUAAGCCCUGUCUAAAUGGGGGCGCAUGUACCAACUUGUUUGCUGAUUUUUCCUGUUCCUGCCCUGAAGGAUAUUGGGGGAAAAGCUGUCAACUGCUGCUGGGCAUGGCGCCCAAUCAAACAGUCGAGUCCAGCACGACUGCGGCUACGGGCCAGAUGUCGGCCAACUCGGCCCAGGAGGAGGUUGGCCUGACCCUGGCCCAGCUCCUGAUUGUGGUGUGUCUGGGGGGGGGCAUACCCCUCCUCAUCAUCAUCAUAGCUGUCAGCAUCCUGCUGUGUCGCAAACGCUCGUACCUCCAGCGUCACACGCAGCAGAACCUUGAGAACCUGGCCAGGGAGAAAGAGCACCACUACAUCAACAACAUGAACAACAAGUGCAGCGCUGACUCCACCCUCCCCUCCACCCUCCCCUCCUCCUCUUCUAACUCCUCCAGUAUUAAGAUCUGUAACGAGGAUCAGCAGGACUUGAACAAAUUGAAAAGUUCCAACCUGCUACCUGAACAUACAGGGGGCGGGGCUUGUUCAAAACAGCAGUCAGGACCAGCGGUGUGCGGCUCAACAAUGUGCGGGUCAGCCAUGUGUGGGUCAGCCAUGUGUGGGUCAGCCAUGUGCGGGUCAGCCAUGUGUAAAGGAGACAUUCGAGACUACAGAAGGUUAAAUGUGGAUUCUUUACCAAGUAUUUAUGCAGACAUAAAGACUGGUGCAAGUCUUACUAAAGAACACACAUCGAUGUGCGAAGGCCAACAUACAGAGCACAUGACAUGGAGGCCACAUUCAGAGCAGGCUCCUGGGUACCUACCUCCUACAGUAUUGUUGCACCAUUAUUCUUGUCAUGAUGAGGAUUAUUUGGCUACUGAAGUUUGACCUUCAUCCAGUAAUAUGACCUUGAUCCAGUAAUAUGACAGUCACAUUGUCUCAAAUGGCAAAUUUUGGACAUUUGAAUAUGUCACAAAAUGACAUUUGUACACCUCGUGAAAGAAUCUUUGUACACCUUAUGAAAAGGACAUUUGUACACCUUACAAAAAGGACAUUUGUACACCUUACAAAAAGGACAUUUGUACACCUUACAAAAACGACAUUUGUACACCUUAUGAAAAGGACAUUUGUACACCUUACAAAAAGGACAUUUGUACACCUUACAAAAAGGACAUUUGUACACGUUACGAAAAGGACAUGUGUACACGUUACGAAAAGGACAUGUGUACACCUUACAAAAAAGGACAUUUGUACACCUUACAAAAAGGACAUUUGUACACCUUACAAAAAGGACAUUUGUACACGUUACAAAAAGGACAUUUGUACACCUUACAAAAAGGACAUUUGUACACCUUACAAAAAGGACAUUUGUACACCUUACAAAAAGGACAUUUGUACACCUUACAAAAAGGACAUUUGUACACCUUACAAAAAGGACAUUUGUACACCUUACAAAAAGGACAUUUGUACAAACUGGAACAAAUUUUGUACUUAAUUUUGUGACCUUGACAUUGUAAUAAUUUAUGCAAAAACUUUCUUCCUAAAGAGCCAGACAUUCCAUUUUUCUGUUGGCCAGUGAACCCAGUGAACUCUAGCAUUCCAUCACUGGCAGGGGGAGCUGUUGUCAGGGCACUGGAAGUUGACAGCAGGCUGUACAGGACAGCAGGCUGUACAGGACAGCUGGCUGUACAGGACAGCAGGCUGUACAGGACAGCAGGCUGUACAGGUUAAUUUAUUGUUCUAGUCAGCUCCAGCAGCAUCUAUUUAUAGAAUUUAUUUGUAGAAUACUGUACAAAAUUCUUGUUGGCUUUGUGAUUGAUUUAUGUGUUCAUCUGCAAAUUUUUUCAUUUGUACCUUUCUGACUGGAUGUGUUGAAUCCAAGGGUGGAUUGUAAUCCAAGGGUGGAUUGUAAUCCAAGGGUGGAUUGUAAUCCAAGGGUGGAUUGUAAUCCAUUGAGUUUUGGGUUAGCCAAAGAGAGUUAGGGUUUGUCAAGGGUGUCAGAACAUGCUGUUUACACUUCAACCUUUGAACAAAAAGAUUGACAGGUUUUCAUCACAAUUUUUCUAUCACACGUUUGGCCAUCUCAAUGUUUGGCCAUCUCACAACACAUUGGGCCAUCACAACACAUUGGGCCAUCUCACAACACAUUGGGCCAUCACAACACAUUAGGCCAUGACAACACAUUAGGCCAUAGAACAUAUGUUCCUUUGAACUAUCAUUGUAUUUUUGACUGCUUUGUUACACAAAACCAAAUUGCCUGUGAUUGUAAAUACUAUGUAUAUUUAUAGCCCAAUUUCUAGAUGUUCUUGAAUA